AUGUCCGCGUUCCCCCCUCUUCUCCCCAAAGUGGACGCCGUCUUGGUAUUCGAUGGCGACGGCACUCGAUUGGCCGGCAAGUACUACGGUGACUUUUUGAAGAAACAGCAAGGCGAAAAGUCCUUGGAAGAGACGCAAACGAUGUUUGAAAAAUCGCUGCAACAAAAGAUUGGUGGCAUUGCCGCUCGACCCGAUGCCGCCGAAAUUGUUACCGUCAUGGGACGAACGGCCGCCUUUGCGGGGGGUGUCAAUCCGGGUGGUGGCGGCGGUGGUGAUGUGCGUGUCGUACACGUCGGACCACCGGGAGAAUCCGAACUCGUCUUGGCGUAUUUGUGCGAAGGCAUGUACGAUGCCUUGGCCCAUUUGAUGGGUGGAUCCACCGAUCGGACCAUGGUCUUGGAUAAUCUGGAAUUGGUCUUUUUGCUCAUUGAUGAACACUGUGAUGGAGGAAUCAUCUUGGAGACCGAUGGAAGCAAGUUGGCAUCGGCUGUACUGCUUAGAGAUGAUGAAGGAAUGCAAGAGGGAGGUAUGGAUCAAGGAGGAAUGCCCCAGGGAGCUUCCCAGCAGGGACUGCCUCCCGGUGUCUCGGCUGGUGAUAUGACCAUAGGGCAAGCCUUUCGUCAAGCUAGAGCACAAUUCUUGGGUAAUUAA